AUGUUGGACCAUCCCUGCUCAGCUGCCGUAGAGGAUGUCUUUGGCCCUACGGUAGCUCCGUCUUGUCUUCAUGGCUUCGAUUUCACCCUCCUGUUCGAGGAGGCCAUUCUCACUCUUGUACCACUUGGUCUUGUUUGUUUGGCUGCAUCCUUUCGCGUCGGGAAGCUCCGUCGCGCAUCUGAGAAGGUCAACCGUUCAUUGCUACUGACAACCCCUGCGCAGCUGUCUUGGCUGCUCUACACCGCGAGCCACGUGGCGCUACUUAUCAUCUUCUUUCAACUGGAGACUCCCAAAACGAGAGCGACCAUAUUAACAACACUCGCGACCCUAGUCACUUCUCUACUUCUGCUUUUCUUGUCUCAUCUCGAGCAUCUUCGCUCGAUUCGGCCAUCAACAAUUCUCAAUGUCUUCCUCGGCUUCACCUUGCUGUUCGACCUCGCACGUCUCCGGACCCUGUACUUCAUGUCAAAGCAAACCGUGACUAGUUUGUUUGCUGUCAGCUGGGUGAUCAAAGUAAUUAUUUUGGUUUUUGAGGUGACAGAAAAGAGGCAGUUGCUCAAGAAGGCAUAUGAAAACAGCCCGAUCGAAUCAACCAGUGGCGUUCUUAAUCGGGCACUAUUCUGGUGGCUGAGGGAUGUCCUUUGGCGAGGUUCAAGGACCACUCUGACAGUGGAAAGCUUACCGUGUCUAGAUGAUGAUCUCAAAAAUGCCUCAAAUUCGCAAUCUCUCUUUGAGAAAUGGGACAAAGCUGACAAGUACCAAUCAAACGCACUUCUGUGGACCUUCGUGUUUCACUACAAAUGGGCGUUCUUAGAAGGCGUUCUUCCCCGGCUUGCCUAUACGGGAUUUUGCUUCGCCCAGCCUUUUCUCGUGGAGCGCGUUCUUGAUUUUAUGACGGAACCGGAGCAUGUCAACUCAUCCAACUACGCUUAUGGGCUUAUUGGCGCCUAUGCUAUUGUAUACAUUGGCAUCGCAAUAUCAUAUGCUGCCUAUGAGCACAAAACUUUCCGUGUUAUCACCAUGAUCCGGGGAAGUUUGGUAACAAUGAUCUUCAACAAAACACUGCGCAUGAGCACCUCUACUAUUUCAGAUGCGGCAGCUAUCACCUUGAUGAGCACUGACAUUGAGCGCAUUGGCUUUGGCUUAAUAGAUAUGCAUGAGACAUACUCCAACAUCACAGAGGUUGCAUUGGCUUUGUGGCUACUGGCAAGGCUGUUGAACAUCGCGACGAUUGCGUCUACGGUAGUAGUUGUCAUUUGUCUUGUUGCUGGAAUUCCUUUGGCUGUUGUCUCUGGUAAUGCGCAGGGAACAUGGCUCGAAGCCGUCGAAGAGCGCGUGGUAGUCACCUCGAAGGUCCUCGGGGUAAUGAAAAACAUCAAGAUGACAGGCCUUACAGAGACCAUCUCCAGAAGUCUCCGAGAUCUUCGAGCUGCAGAAAUUGAAGCUUCCUUCAGUUACCGAGUAUACGGAGUCAUAAGGCUCACACUUGGCUAUGCUUCUACUACCUUGGCUCCCGUAUUUGGCUUUGGUGCCUAUGUACUGCUUGCCAAGGCUAAAGAUACAGCCACUCUUACCAACGGUGUAGCAUUUUCUGCACUUACGCUUUUCGCGUUGCUGGAUCAACCAAUGAUCUCCAUUGUUGAUGGCUCAGAGGACGUAAUGGCAGUUGUCAAUUGUUUCCAACGAAUUCAAAAGCAUUUAAUGGAAACGGAAAGGACCGACUAUCGUUUGAAGCACGGAUCGAAUCAACACAAUGUUCCACCUCUGAUUGAAGUUGAUUCCCCUCAGAAUCAGAGCAAGGAACCUUGUGCCGUCAUCCGAAAUGUGUCUGCAGCCUGGUCAAUUGACGAUGAGCCCGUGUUGAAAGACUUGAAUAUUGACAUUCAGGCAUCAAAAAUAACCAUGAUUGUUGGACCAGUCGGAUGUGGAAAGUCCACCUUCUUGAAGACCAUCAUGGGAGAAAUCCCAGAAUGCUCCGGCUCAAUUUCGACCAGCUUCAUAAAUGCUGCAUAUUGCAACCAGUCGCCGUGGAUUACAUUCGGAACUCUCCAGGAAAACAUUGUUGGGUCAUCGCCAUGGGACCGAGCUUGGUAUGACCAGGUUAUUCAGUCGUGCGCUUUGCAGAUCGACCUUCAACAGCUUCCAUUGGGUGAUCAGACUAAAGUCGGAGUCCGUGGGUCUCGACUGAGUGGCGGGCAACAAAUGCGUGUGGCACUUGCACGGGCGCUAUUUUCGAAAGCGCCUGUUCUUAUUUUGGAUGAUGUCUUAACAGGUCUAGAUCAUCAAACGGAGAAGAUCAUUCUAGAGAGUGUUUUUUCUCAACGUGGUUUCAUCAAACGCUCCCAUCAAACAGUUAUUAUGGCGACCAACUCAGCACACCACCUCACCUAUGCGGACCGUAUAAUUGCACUCGAUGAGAACGGAAGACUUUUCGAACACGGGUCGUACAGCGAGCUCGUCAGAGCCGACGGCUAUAUCAGUACCCUCUCCAGUGCCACUCCCACAGCCGGCACAUCCCGAGCCCCGGAUAUUGUGCUUGAUGACGAAACUCUUCAAGGAUUGAAUUUGGAUGACGGGGACGAGGAGGACUCGAGUCGAAGAACGGGUGAUUUAACUGUCUAUCGAUACUAUUUCGAAAACAUAGGCUGGCCGCUUCUGUCUGUGUUUCUUCUAACCUGCCUGCUAUUCGUGCUCGGUCUCAGCAUUCCACAGAUUUGGCUGCAGUGGUGGACUCGUGCGAACGAGCAACACCCAAAUGCACAUGUUUGGUAUUGGCUGAGUGUGAUUCUCGCCAUGAUCAUUCAGCCAAAGACAGCUCGCCGAUUCCAUGAGAUUCUUCUUCGUACGACAAUGGGAGCAACGACGUCAUUUUUGACUUCGACGGAUAUUGGAAACACCACAAACAGAUUCAGUCAAGACCUCGAACUAAUCGACGAAGAGCUCCCGGAAACCCUAGAGCUCACUGUCAAUUCCGCACUCAGUUGUAUCAUUGAAGGAUUCCUCGUCUUCGCCGGAUCAUCCUAUGUCACAGCAGCGCUAGUCCCAGCUUGCAUCCUAGUAGUCUACUACGUUGCUAAGUUUUACGUCAAAACCUCACGCCAACUGCGAUUGUUGGGAAUUGAAUCGAAAGCCCCCCUCUUCUCCCAAUUCUUGGAGGUCCUGGGUGGACUCUCUAGUAUUCGGGCCUAUGGCUGGAGUAAGGAGUACCAGCGCCGCAAUCUGAUUGCCUUGGAUGCCUCACAGCGCCCUGUCUACAUGCUCUAUUGCAUUCAGCGCUGGAUGGGUCUUGUCUUAGACCUUGUUGUGGCAUUUAUUGCCGUUGCUGUCAUUUCCAUCGCAAUUUCUAUGAGAGGAAGCCCGUCCAUGAAUCUGUUAGGAAUUGCACUCUUUAACAUCGUUAAUUUUAGUGGUACUCUGCAGACACUUGUGACGCACUGGAUUGGACUGGAAACCUCCAUUGGGGCUGUUUCAAGAAUUCGGGCAUAUGUGCAGCAUGCCACGACUGAGGAUUUGGACGCUGAAUCAGAGGCUCUUCCUGAAGAUUGGCCCCGACAAGGUAGUGUUCAGCUUUCUGAUGUUUCGGCUUCCUAUGACACAUUGUCGGAACCAGUACUCAAGAACAUCAGUCUUCACAUCCUUCCUGGUGAAAAGGUUGCUCUGUGUGGUAGAACUGGAAGUGGAAAAUCCUCUAUGGUCUCCGCAAUUCUGCGACUACUUGAGCUCAGCAAAGGUACCAUUCAUAUUGAUGGUAUAGACAUCUCAAAGGUUUCACGAGGGCACGUGCGAUCCAGAAUCAACGUCAUCCCGCAGCAGCCAUUCUUCCUCCACGGCAGCGUUCGGCUAAACGCUAACCCCGAGUCCAAUGUGGGUGACGAAACGAUCAUUGAUUCCAUUAAGGCGGUCAAUCUAUGGUCCUACAUUGAUUCCAAGGGUGGCUUGGAUAUCGACAUGUCCGAUGACCUUCUUUCACAUGGACAGCAACAACUGUUCUGUCUUGCACGUGCACUGUGCAAGUCGAGCAGUAUUGUCAUUAUGGAUGAGGCGACUAGCAGUGUGGAUUCGGAAACAGACGCACUGAUGCAAACCGUCAUUCGAGAUCGCUUCAAAGACCAGACUCUGAUUGCUAUUGCGCACAAGUUGCAUACAAUUUUGGAUUUUGAUAAGGUUGCUCUCAUAGAAAAAGGUCAGGUUGUGGAGUUUGACAGCCCACGGGCUCUUUUGUCGAGGGAAGGUUCGGCGUUCAAGGCUUUGUUUGACAGCUUUCACAAAAGCUCCAAGGAAUAG